AUGCCUCCCUCCGUGUCCAUCGACAUGCUCGAUGACAGCGUCGACUUCUCUGGCUUCAAGACGGCAGCGGGUUCAAAGACGAAUGCCAUUCGAGUGACGGCGCAGCAGCUGCCUAGCUCGAAGACCUUAUUGCUUGCACCGCCGUCUGUCGCUUCCCACGAGGAGAAACUACGGGCCGUCUUCGCCACGCAUGACCGAUCCACCUCUGACCUGCAGAUGCUCGAUCGAGUUGCCGCCGGUCUUGUCACCCUAGUGCCAGCCUCGUACGAUCUUGUUCUCGUCCUGACCGACACCAAUGGCUCACACCGCACCGAAGCGCUCCAGCUGCUCCAGCGCAGUGCUUAUACAGCGUUGGUGCCGUCCAUGAAGGUCGGUGCUAAGCUGCAGCUCCAGGACGGCGGUCGCCUCCAGGGGGCAGAGGCGCGUGAGGCUAUCCUCGCCGGCCUCGUGGAGAAGGAUGGCGUGUUCGAAAAGACAGAGGAAGAGGAGGCAGAGGUGGUCGUGCCAUUGCGGUUCGGCGCGAAGAAGAAGACGGCGCCUGCAGCAGCUGUCGCUACGAGCAAAGGCCCGGUGGUGACCUUGAAUCUCGAUGACUACAACGAUGGCGACGAGCUAGUAGACGAAGACAGUUUGUUGACGCAGGAAGAGCGAAACAGACCUCCUCAGCAACCUCCCCAAUGCAACGUGGACGGCCAAAAGCGGCGACGGCCGUGCAAGGACUGCACGUGCGGACUUGCUGAGCGACUUGAGGAAGAGGACCGGACGCGGAGGGCCGACGCCGACAACAACCUCAGCAACGUGUUCAAGCUGGACUCGGACGACCUCAACGAGCUGGACUUUACGAUCAAGGGGAAGACUGGGUCAUGCAACAGCUGCUCACUGGGCGAUGCGUUCCGUUGCUCGACCUGUCCCUACAUUGGCCUGCCGCCCUUCCAGCCGGGCGAAGAGGUCAAAAUUAUGAGCGGCCUGGUGCAGCUCUAA